AUGGUGUUUUACCCGCCACCAUGGGCCCCGAAGCUUCCCUUUGACCCGCCCGACUCGGUCACGAUUGGUGAUUUCAUGAGAAAUGAACUCUCUGGUCGCCGUCCCAUCUCCAAGAGCCGGAAUCCCUUCACCUGCGGUCUUACUGGAAGGACGUACACCGUGGAGGAGGCGUUCCAGCGCUCCGACCUUAUCGCCCAAGCUUUAGCUAAAAUCACCGGAUGGAGGCCAAACACAGAUUCCCCCUGGGACAAGGUGGUCGCGGUCUUCUCAUUCAACACAGUCGAUUAUCUUUCGGUAUUGCAUGCCGUGCACCGAUUGUCUGGCAUUGCCACGCCCGCCAAUGUCGCCUAUUCAGCGGAGGAGCUGGAGCACCAGCUGCGGUCCUCUGGGGCGAAAGCCCUCUUCACCUGUGUGCCGGUGCUCGAGACCGCGCUGAAAGCUGCCAAGGCAGUGGGAUUACCCGAGGACAAGAUUUUCCUCAUGGAUCUGCCUGGAGCGUCCCAGAAGGCUCCGUUCAGGAACAUUGAGGACCUGAUCGCGAUGGGUCGUUCCACCCCAGCCCUAGAACCGUUGAAAUGGACGACCGGCCAAGGGGCACGCCAGGUGGCAUUCCUCUGCUAUUCCAGUGGUACCUCAGGACUUCCAAAAGCCGUCAUGAUCUCGCAUCGAAACGCCAUCGCCAACACGAUACAAUAUUGCAUUCAUGAGGACGUUGGCCGAAGGAAGUUUGGGGUUGAGACCCAAGUAGCACUAGGCCUGCUACCCUUUAGCCAUAUUUAUGGCUUGCUAGUGGUAGCCCACUCCGCGACGUGGCGUGGCGACGAAGUCAUUGUCUUGCCCAAGUUUGAUCUCACAGACUAUCUCCGGGCCAUCGAGCGGUUCAAAAUCAACCAUGUACUCAUUGUUCCCCCAAUCGUGGUCCGCAUGUUGAGCAGCAAGGACGAGCUCAAGAAGUAUGACCUGAGCAGUGUCAGGUUGAUAUUUACCGGUGCAGCGCCUCUUGGGGGGGAGACCGCGCAGGAGCUGAGCCGCCUCUACCCCAAGUGGCACAUCGCCCAGGGUUACGGGAUGACCGAGUCCGCCACUGUCAUCUGCACAACGAGCGAACAUGACAUCUGCCAAGGCACAUCCGGCUCUCUCGUACCUGGCGUGCGAGCUAAGGUUGUCGACCCGGACGGAAAGGAAAUCACCGAAUACAACAAGCCAGGCGAGCUGCUGGUGCAGUCGCCAGCCGUUACGCUAGGGUAUCUGAACAACGAAAAGGCCACUGCGGAAGCUUUCAUUUGGGAUGAGGACGGUCGCUGGUUGCGUACUGGCGACGAGGUCAUCGUGACCAAGUCAGAAAAGGGUUAUGAGCAUAUCACCAUUGUCGAUCGACUGAAAGAGUUGAUCAAGGUCAAGGGCCACCAAGUCGCUCCCGCCGAGCUCGAAGCGCAUCUUCUCACCCACCCAGCCGUCGACGACUGCGCCGUCAUCUCCGUUCCCGAUGAACGCGACGGCGAAGCUCCGAAGGCCUUUGUCGUAAUUCCAGACUCGAUGGCGUCGCGGAAGCGUGACGAGAUCGUGGCUGAGAUCAACAAGCAUGUCCAGGACCACAAGGCUCACUACAAGUGGCUCAAGGGGGGGAUCGAGUUUAUCGAUACCGUGCCCAAGAGCCCCAGUGGCAAGAUCCUGCGGCGGCUGCUGCGGGAUAAAGAGAGGGAGGCGAGAAGGGCGAAGGGGGCGAAGCUGUGA